AACUGCGUUUGCUUUUGCUCAUUGCUGUGAUUCGUGAUUCAUUUAAUUUUUGUAACAAAACAAUAUAUUGAUUCAUUAUCAAAUGCUCACAGUUUGAUUACUCUUAUUAAGCUAAUCAAUCAACUGCAUUAGGCAGCUGUUACGUGGUGUAAGGUUUACUGUACAGUUGUAAAUAAUUGUGUAGGAUGACUCUAGCAGAAUUCUUCAGUUGUUCCCUCCUAGCGUUCGGGGCUCCGUUGGUGAUGUUCGCGCUGACGGUGGCAAACGACCCAGUGCGCAUCAUCAUCAUGAUAGCUGCAGCAUUUGGGUGGUUGCUAUCGUUUUUGGUGUCGUCAGUGGUGUGGUACGCAGUGGUACCGUUACGGUCGUAUUUAGCCUUCGGAAUGGUGUUUGCUAUCAUAAUCCAGGAAGUGUUCCGGUACGGCAUGUAUUUGCUGUUACGGAAGACAGAAGCAGGACUGAAAGAGAUAUCAGAAAACCAUAACAUCGGUAGUAACAAGUUAGAGAUGGCUUACGUAUCUGGUCUGGGAUUCGGAACCAUGAGUGGCGCCUUUGCCCUUAUUAAUGUAUUAGCUGAUUCGGUGGGGCCAGGCACUUUAGGUCUCUACAAUGGAACUGAGUACUUCUUCGUGACGAGUGCAGCAAUGACCCUCUGCAUGAUACUGCUCAAUACAUUCUGGAGUGUCAUAUUCUUCAGCGGAUUCGAUGACAAAAACUACAUCAAAGUCGGAUGGGUCAUAGUAUCACACUUCUUUGUGUCUGGACUCAGUUUAUUGAAUACCAAAGAGAUGUACGCAGCAACAAUCUUGCCCUCAUACAUUGUCCUAGGUAUCACAGCAUACAUUGCCUUCAGGACAGCAGGCGGAUCAACCAGGAGUCUAAUCCAAAGUAUCUCAUCCAGGUCAUAGAAUUAAUAAUUGUUGAUUCAGAAUUAAUCUCAAAGAAUUUAAAAGAAUUUGCGCUAGCUAAAAUUAACGCAAUACAGGGUUUGUUUCCAUUGACAAAUGCAUUUAGAAUUCAGUUUAUUGGUUUGUUAAGCGCAAAGAAAACAGAAUAUUAGAAGCAAAUUAUUGACGGUCUAGAAUGCCUAGCUAACUUGUUGUUCCUGACCUCAGUUCGCAGUAAUUAGCAAGAAUAUUAUUUUCUAGUUAGGUGAAAUUGUGUCCAGUUCUGUAGUAUAGCUAGAAAUAUUAGAAAUUCAGUUUAAUUUAGGCUUGUUUGCUCCUACGAAAAUAGCUUUUCAGAUUUAAUUCCCGAAAUAGAAAGACAAGUGUAUUACAAUGCGAAUAUCAGCAAUCAUAGCCCUGAUAAUCGAAACUUCACAUCUUUCUGAGCAUGUGGCUAGAAAGAUAUGACUUGAGAUUAUCAAUCGAUCAUAGAAGCAAAUAGGUUACAGUUUUGUCACUGAAAUAUCUUCAUCUUAUUUUAGAACAGCUACUUCAUGUUUGUUUUAUAUUGCUGACUAAUGAUUUAUAGUAAACAAGUCACAAAUUAAUAGACUUAUAUGAAUUGUUAGGUGUCCCUCUCUUAGCUGUUCUAUCUCAUAGGGCUUCAAUAUAGUAUGUAAAAUAAUAGUUUUAGCCUUCAAGCUCUAGUACUCUGUGACAAAUAAAAUUGCCACUUUUACAGUGUCUUCAAAAAUAUUGUCACAGCAAUCGCUAGAAAUUGUAUUAAGAAUUAUUUAUUUAGUUGCCCAAACUGUUAGUUUAAAAUUGUUAUAUCGAGUGGGCAACCUAGGCCCAGAUAUUCCAUUGUGUUCGGAUUUGUAUAUCCUUCUAAUGAUUAGCUGGUAAGGAAAUGUACUGGGUAAAAGAGUACCUAUGUAUCUAAUCAAGAUGUAACUUAUGGACUGACAUCUUAGCGAUUCUAUUGUUAGGCUGAGUUCUCCGUCAACAUAAACAUCAGUUUUCUUAAAACAAAACUACAAAAAAACUAUGAAAUUCAAGAUUCAAAGUAACCAGUUAUUUAAGAACUGAUAUGUAUGUUGUUGGUGAACGUGGGCCUUAGUAUUGAUACACUCAGGAAGCUUACCGCAGUUAUCUGCCCAUGUCAGAUAAGAAAUCUUGCCCCAUCACAAUGUUAUGGUAACCUGUUAUUUUUACCAGAUCUCAAAUAACUUUGAUUAGUCUGCAAAGACUUGGCAUGUAAAACAAUUUGAACUGUAUAAAACUCUAGGACUUUUUUUAUCACAUUAGAAAGUUUGUAAUCACAAAAGCAGAAUAGGUUAUGCAUACAAUUUAACAAACAUUCUUUUGGAGUAGAGAACUAUCAAAUAAAUAUAGUUUCACAGCCAAUUGUAAUAGAAAAGGGGCUAACAUGCAUUAAAUAUGGCCCUAGGUAUUAUUAUCCACACUAAUAUUGUAUCAUAGCUGUAUCAAGUUCUACCCCAUAGAUUGAAAGGUUUCCUCGAUAAGAGUUGAUAAAUUAAAAUGUAUAAAUAUCAUCAGCUACAGUGAUUCACACACAGCACCGCACACCGAGGUAAGGCAUCAAAACAGAUCUCAUGUUGUAUUUUCUGUGAAAUCAGCUCAAACUUUUCACCCGCACACCGCACGACCGCGCGGUUGCGCUGUUUUGUUACCGUGGUGUUACCGUUGGUGCCGUGUCAGAAUCACCAUAAUAUGAAUAGUCUUUGUUUCAAUGUCAUUGUUAGUAAACCACUAAAUAAACGAGAAAGAAAAUAUACGUAGAUGCAAGAGUAAAAAUAAAUCAAAAUAUAUUAAACUCAAUUAAAUGUACAAUAACAACAAUAAUUUCAAAUUACAAUUAUUUAUUUUUCUAUUAAUAAGUGAGAACAAUCAUUCCUUAGCGUACUAAUAAAUUGGACGGAUAAUUUGUUAUAAUAACUAACUGUUAUAGCACAGUAUUUAAUAGUAAAAAAAAAUAAAAAGUUUUUUACAAAUAAAAUUAUGACAAAACUUG